AUGGGUCAUCUUUCCGUCGUCCAUACUGCCCGCUCCCGUGGCUCCAAGGCAUCUCAGGUGCAACUCCCUGACAAGGAGGAUGUCUUCACAACCGCAAGCUAUGGCUCGCGAUUCGCCCGCAUGGAGUUGCCACGCCAUCAGAUGCCUGAGAGUGAGAUGCCUCGUGACACUGCUUAUCGCUUGAUCAAGGAUCACCUUAGCCUCGAUAACAACCCCACCCUCAACCUGGCCUCCUUCGUCACCACCUACAUGGAGGACGAAGCCCAGCAGCUGAUGUCAGAAGCAUUUCCUAAAAACUUUAUUGACUACGAGGAAUACCCCCAAUCUGCCGACAUUCAAAACCGCUGUGUUAGUAUAAUGGGCAAUCUAUUCCACGCGCCUGCUGGCCUCUCUGUCGGAACUUCUACUAUUGGCUCGUCAGAGGCCAUUAUGCUCGCUGUUCUCGCUAUGAAAAGAAGGUGGAAAGCACGGAGACUUGCACAGGGUAAGGCCACUGAUAGUCCUAAUUUCGUUAUGUCCUCGGCAGUUCAGGUCGUCUGGGAGAAGGCCAUGCGCUAUUUUGAGAUCGAGGAGAGGUUUGUUUAUUGCACGUCCGACCGCUAUGUCCUUGAUCCUGCUGAGGCUAUUAACCUAUGCGAUGAGAAUACUAUCGGCAUCUGUAUGAUCCUCGGCACGACCUAUACCGGCGAAUACGAAGACGUCAAAGGUCUUAAUGACCUUCUUAUUGAACGGAAUAUUGAUAUACCUAUCCAUGUGGACGCUGCGAGCGGUGGUUUUGUUGCCCCGUUUAUUAUCCCCGACCUCGAGUGGGAUUUUCGAUGCGAAAAAGUCGUUUCUAUCAACGUCUCUGGCCACAAGUACGGUCUUGUCUACCCUGGCGUCGGCUGGGUCAUCUGGCGAGCCCCAGAAUACCUUCCCCAGGAGCUGGUUUUUAAUAUUAAUUACCUCGGGGCUAACCAAUCGUCUUUUACUCUUAAUUUUUCAAAAAGCGCUUCCCAGGUUAUUGGCCAGUAUUAUCAACUGAUCCGCCUUGGUAAACAUGGUUACCAUAGCAUCAUGAGUAACUUGACUCGCAACGCAGAUUACCUAGCGGAGGCAAUCGAGAAGCAGGGGUUUUUAAUUAUGUCAGAGCGCAAUGGAAGAGGAUUGCCCCUUGUAGCCUUCCGAUUCCGCACCCUGGAAGAGGGUGGCGAGGAUCGUCACUACGACGAGUUCGCGCUCGCACACCACCUUCGUUGUCGAGGCUGGGUGGUCCCUGCGUAUACUAUGGCGCCCAAGUCUAAUGUCAAAAUGCUUCGCAUUGUCGUGAGGGAAGAUUUCACCCGGUCGCGUUGCGACUCACUUAUCGAGGACCUUCUGAUCUGCCACCGUCUCCUCAAAGAUAUGGAUCAGGAGACCGCCAAGAUGUUGCAGGAACAUAUCAACAAGCACGUCACGUCGACAGGCAAGGGUGAGAAAGCUCACCCUGCCUACGCAAACGAGACACAUUCUCUCCAGGGCAAGACGGGCAAGACCCACUCAGUCUGUUAG